AUGAUGUCGUGCAGUCACGCGACUGCAUCGCUAACCGGGACAGAAGAUGGUGGAGAACCCAUCCUCUCCAACUGCUGCGAGAGGCAACGAAGAGGGAACGCACCAUCGCGAGAACGCCAGUACAGACACCUAGGCGAGCGCCGGGCGCAAGAUUCUGGCGCGCGGUUGAAAGGUUCGGGCCGUAGAUCAGGGAAGAAGCGUCCGGCGAGGGUUAAGGCCAGACGUUCUUUGGUCCUACUACAACCGCAGUUGGAGCAGAAGAUUGCAGAGGUAGCAACGAGGAGCAGCAGGCGGUGCGGAGGGCGGAGGCAAAGGUCCGCAAGGAACGUGACAUCACCGAGGCUGAGCGUGCAAAAACGGCGAGCACUACCCCGGGAGUUCGUUCUCGGCGGCUUGUCAAGAUGGGAAGAGACAUCGAGCAGUUGCCGAUAGUGACGGAAGCAAGAGGAAGAGGAAGCCGCGCGCGAAGGUAUGGGUCACCACUACUCCCGGCGAGUCAUGUAACCUGUGCCCACGGGGGCAGCAAUUGGCAGGAGAGUAUGCUGCAUGUCACAGGUCGGCAGAUGAGAAGAGCUUCACGCACAUCGCCAGUCACAGUUGUACGGCUAGAGAUCUCUACGACGGACUUCGAUUUACAGGGUUGGAUUCCCGACGACGACGAGAAGGUACGCCUUUUUGUCCUCGUCUACCUGCUUGCUGGUUGCGACUUCCUGCCUGCCAUAUCGGGCCUGCCUUUCGGGACCAUGUGGGCUCUUACUCUGAAGAGCGUGCGGACGGAGGGUGUGUUUCGCACGUCUGCGUGCGCGAGGGUGGGGCACGGGGCGUCAAGAUCGACGAGCGCAUCAAGUUGUCGGCGACCACAUUCUACUUUAAGUAUGAAGCUGCCUUUGCUCGUGGUGGGCAGGAGCCCGGCUGGAUUUUCCGCACGGACAACGGCGAUGUCGCACAUUACGUCGACGUCAUCCGGAUGCUUAUCCUCAGGCGUGGUUCAAAGAAGGCUACAUCAACGUGCCCUUGUUCGAGUCCAUGCGCCAGCAGAGCGAGCGAGGCCAUCAGGUGCUUGGGUACUGGCGAGAUGGCUGUUUAGAGGUGGUACCAGUACGAGACUUCAACGGCAAGGGAUGGGGGAUCGACCCGAAAACGGGGGGGACCAGCCCGGAGCACAUGACAGCGGAAAAUCGCGUGGUAUGGCUGUCUGAGUAUUCUUACGUUGGCACCGACAAAAAGACCCAAACGGAGAAAUGUGGUUGCAAGCCGGCCCCGGGUAAGAAGAGUCUCUGCGUGAGGUGCGGCUGUCGAAAAGCUGGAGGAGGAGGAGGAGGAGGAGGAGGAGGAGGAGCAGGAGGAAAAUGAAGGGAGGGAUGAAAUCCCAAAGUGAGAAUCCGAUGAGUCCGACAACAGCGAUGCCUUCAGCGACUGGGGAUCAGACACGUCGUAGGGCGGGCCGGAUGUAGGGUGGGGAAAUGCGGGGGGGGGUCGAAGGUCCAUGGGGGGCGACAGGAGCUGACUGGUUCUGAGGGUUCAAGAGUCGCUUUGAGGUGUGUAUCUCGUUCCGUGUGUAUUUACCAACUUCUCGACCAUAAACUGAGGGUGCGGCAGGGAUUUGCGUGAUUGUGGCCCGAUUUCAUCGUAUGAUAACGUACUACGGCGCGCAGAACGCCGAAGUAAAUCCCACCCAAGCGACCUUAGUCCACAUUAACCAACCCCCAUGCUUACCACCUGCGCUUUCCGUUGUUUGCCUUUGCUGCUUUUGCUUGUUUGUGACAAAAAGGUGGCAGUGACGACGACAGGUUCCUCCGUGCUAAAUAGCGUAUGGUGGAGAAGGAGGAGACCUCGGAGAAUGGGCUGUGGG